CCUCACGCGCCAUCUUCCAGCUAAACGGCCCGAACAAAAACAUUGAGUGAAAUCCUCACUGCAGACAUUAAAAACACACAUUUUGUUGUUGUUGAUACUGACUCACAAUGAGCGACACUGAGGACGGAAACUACGGAAGGCGGGAGUCUCUUUCCCCCACCUCGGAUCAUGGGAGUCCAGCUCGGGGCAAGUCGGAGAGCAGGUCCGGCUCCCCGAGCCCAUCCAGGGCCUCCAAACGCUCUGAGUCCAGAUCCCAUUCUCGAUCAAACUCUAGGUCUUCGUCUCGGCGGCACUCAAACCGCCGCUGUAGCCGCUCACGCUCUCGUUCCUAUUCCCAUCGGAAGAAGUCCCGCUCUCGCUCCUACAGUCCUGAGUACCGCCGCAGGAGGAGCCAGAGCACGUCUCCAAUGUCAAACCGGCGCCGCCACACUGGCAGCAGGAGUCAAGACUUCACAAAAGAAGCGUACAGCCAUGGUGGUGAUGCUGAUGUUAGGGCGAACCCUGAUCCCAGCACGUGUUUGGGGGUGUUUGGCUUGAGCCUGUACACAACAGAGCGUGACCUGAGGGAGGUGUUCUCACGCUACGGUCCUCUGGCCGGGGUCAACGUGGUGUACGACCAGCGCACCGGCCGUUCACGUGGAUUUGCCUUUGUUUACUUUGAGAGGCUUGAAGACUCCAAAGAGGCGAUGGAGCGAGCUAAUGGUAUGGAGUUGGACGGGAGGCGCAUCAGAGUGGAUUUCUCCAUCACGAAACGUCCCCACACGCCAACGCCGGGGAUCUAUAUGGGCCGGCCAACUCAUAAUGGUGGUGGUGGUGGAGGAGGCAGCAGCAGGAGGGGGAGAGACAGAGACUUCCACUAUGACCGCGGCUACGACCGCUAUGAGAGAUAUGAUGAAUACGACUACAGGUACAGUCGCAGGCGCACGCCGUCACCUUACUACAGUCGAUACAGGUCCCGCUCACGGUCCCGCUCAUACAGUCCACGACGAUACUAAGUUGCUUCCCUCGACUUUCACCAUCCUUCCAAUAACUGAUCGUGUGGUCUAUCGAGGCGUAUUUCAGGGGAAACAUUUUUGAAUUAGCAUGUCCACAUCAUCAGAACUCUUACCUUUGGGAUAGUUGUUGUUUACAUGCAAUAGAUGUCUUGAUUUGUAGACAUUUUGAUGCAGCCACUGUGAGUGUGAAUGUGGGCAAAGAAGUCAAGUCGUCACUUUAUUUGAAGAGGCGUGCACAGGAUUGACAUGAUACCGUCCUAACCAUGAUGAUAAACUAACUCCACCAAGACCACCGAACCUGCCGUCGUAAUAACGCGACGAGAGCUGAGCCGGGUU